GCUGUCGUCUGGCGCGCGCGUUGCACGUUGCAAUAACAUAUUAUAUAUACAUUUAUUUUGUUUUAGUUAUUUAUAAAGUCAAACUGUCGAUUAUAUUUGAAUAGAUCUACUCAAGUAGUCAUGCUUAAAGCCUAACAUAGUAAAAAGUGAUAUUCAGAAGUGAUAUUUACAAAUAUAGUAAUAAGUAGUGAAGAUUGUUAAGAUGUAUAAAUAUAUUUUUUAUUUUUCUUUAUUUUUAUGCCAUGGGCAAGCGGAAGUAUUAAAUUUAGCUGGAGGCGCAAAGUCUAACUACACUUUUCACAAGGAUUUUCUUUUUGGUGUCUCAACAGCGGCGAUACAAAUUGAAGGAGCAUGGAAUGAAGAUGGGAAGACGGAAAGCAUAUGGGAUCACUUAGUGCGUGUAAAUCCUAACUUCACUAAAGACGGAUCUACCCCUGACGUAGCAGCAGAUUCCUAUCAUUUAUACAAGAGAGAUGCUGAAAUGGUCCACGAACUUGGAGUGAAUAUGUAUAGGUUUUCAAUAUCCUGGCCAAGGAUACUACCAACUGGUUUAGCCAAUCAAGUUAAUCCUCUCGGAAUUGAGUACUAUAAAAAUCUCAUAAGCGAGUUGGAAAGGUACAAUAUUACUCCUAUGGUCACCAUUUACCAUUGGGAUCUACCUCAGAAAUUACAGGAUAUUGGGGGUUGGACGAACGCGCAUAUCAUAGAUUAUUAUACGGACUACGCGAAUGUAUUGUUUGAAAAUUUCGCGGAUAAAGUUAAAUAUUGGAUAACAUUCAACGAGCCAAUGCAAACCUGCCUGGAAGGUUACGGCAACACGUACCGAGCGCCUGCACUGAACCGACACGGUAUAGCUGAAUAUCUGUGCACACACAAUUUGUUAAAAGCGCACGCAAGCGUUUACCAUUUGUUCAAUAAGCAGUAUCGUCCACUGUAUGGAGGGAAAAUGGGUAUGUCACUGGACUCUAAUUGGGCAGAACCCAAAACAGAUACACCAAGAGACAAGAAAGCUGCGGAGUUGUACCUCAAAACUCAUCUUGGAUGGUAUGCACACCCUGUAUAUUCGGAAACUGGAAAUUAUCCGGAAGAGCUUACCAAACUUGUUGAUGAAAAAAGUAAGAAACAGAACUACACCCACUCUCGACUUCCCAAGUUUACUCCUGAGGAAAUAGCCUAUAUACGAGGAACUGCAGACUUCUUCGGUUUAAACCACUACACCACGUAUCUUUUGAGCAUGGCUGACAGUGAAGUUGGUGAGGUGCCAUCACAUGCAAACGAUGUUGGUAUUGUUAGGGUUCAAGAUCCCAAGUGGCCGUCGAAGUCCUCUUCCUCUUGGCUAAAGGUGGUACCAUUUGGAUUUCGUCGCCUCUUAAAUUGGAUAACUAAAACGUACAAUAACGUGCCAAUAAUCGUUACUGAGAACGGAUAUGCUGACUUUAGUGGAGUGAAAGAUGAAGCUAGAGUUUCUUACUAUUGCCACUAUUUAAAUUCUCUCCUCCAUUCAAUACACGAAGAUAAGACAAACGUUCAAGGGUAUUUCGCUUGGAGUCUGAUGGAUAAUUGGGAAUGGGACGACGGCUAUGCGUCCCGCUUCGGUCUUUACUUGGUCGAUUUCAAUAGUCCCAACAAGACGAGAACUGCUAAGGAAUCGGCGAAAUUGUACACGAGUGUAAUAUCCUCUCGAGGCCUGCCCGCCGACUACGACCCAGAAGAUUUCACCGCCUUUUCCAGUGCUUCUCUUCUCGUUCCAACUCUACUCCCACUCUUACCCUUUUAUAGGCUACUUACAUGACGUUAACGCCACUAAGUACGUAUGUAAAUCUAUCAUUACAUUAAUUAAUCAAUAUUUUAAGUUUCAUUUCAACUUGAUCCCUAGUUUAAGUCUAUGUUAUCCUUUAAUACUCAACGGUCAUAAGUUUUCUGGCGUUAUCCCGCGCUACGUCUCUUCUCAACUGUGCCUGGAUAGAAACGAAGGACUUGCCUUUCGUUUCUGGUAGCACGGCGAGCAUAAAGAUCAAACCCAGUAUAGAGAAUGCUGAGAAUCCCCAGAAUACUGUGUAUAUUCCGCAUAGAUCU